AUGUCUUUAACUCGGGCACCUAGAUACACAAUUACACGUGCUUACCUGAAGGACGACGAUUGCAACACUAUGAGUUCAGGGGAUGCUAUAGAAGAGAUGGACCUCAAGGGGAGAAACCACAGCAUUGAAGGGUCUUCGUUUACCGCCACUUCCCGUGACAGCUUCGCCUCUGCAGAAGAGGACUCGUCAACGUCACAGGGCAACGAAGAAACGGGCACGACCACUGUCAAGCCCAGAACCAUAACUUGGAAUGGGACGACUACGGGAGCACAUGACUACACCGCUGCUGCUGCAGCUGCGACAGACGAAGAGGAGAAUGCCGCUCUGGUGGGGCAGCCACCGCCUCCGCUUGAUCGACUGCAGGCUUAUAUUCAGACUCUUGUGAGCAACAUCUUGGAAGGCCUUCGCGGGUUCGACGGCAGCGUUACGUGGCUAAGGCGCUCGCACUCGGGCAUCGCAGCCCAGCUGGACGGCAUCAAACCCGGUGCUGUUCCAGACGCAACAGAGGAGUUUAGCGUCGCCUGGUUUGGCAUUGCAAGCGCUGUGCUGCAUGACUUGAUCCAAGAAAGUGCAGCGGACAUCUUCGUUCUCGCGACACCGCCUCAGCCAUCCAGCGAAAAUGGGGAGUCGACGGGUGGAUUGUACGCGACGCCACGCGAGCUGUCCUUUGCCUUCGUCUCAGGUUUGCAUAGUAUCGUUUUGGAGGUGAUGAAUGAUGGCGGGUGCCACGGCAUGGGUGGCAGCCACCACUUCAGCCGUUACUCUAUGCGCAGCUUUGCCUACGUGAAGGAGAUCAGCGAGAUGAGCCGCCGUCUAAUGGAGGAACACUUGACGCAGGGCGCACACGUGCCGCACGCGUUGCGCGACAAGUACAGCGACGAUACCAUCCCUAUCGACUGCAAAGAGGACCUCUGUGCCAUUCUUGGGAGCAUCGCUGAUGCAUGGGUGUGCAGCUUCUUCCCAGUCUACCAGCAGCGCUCUCGCAACUUAACAGAGGUGACACCGUUCCUGUGGGGAGAGGAAGAGGAUACCUCGGGACUCAACCUGGAGCUUUUUUUCUACUGUUUGUACUUUGCGUGUCAGCAGCAGAGUUUGAUGCAGAACAAGGAAGCUCUUCCGCGCGGUGUUGUGGUCCCAACGGCGUGGAUGGAGCAGCUGCUGAGGUGGUCAACACAGGCUAAGGAGCAGCGCCGCCUGGCCUUGCCCGGGCCACUCCCACCUUUUCCAGGCCCUAUCGACACGUUCGCGCUCAUGACGGUCUCGCCGCACGACCCGCGCCGGCACUGGCUUUCCCUAGAUUCUGAGCAAUACCAGGUGAUUCCAGCGACCCUGUACAACUCCUUCUUUGACUUCUUUGGCACCGGACCCAAGUACGUCAUGUAUGGAACCUUUUCUCUCCGGGAGCGCUGCCUCGCCAUGUGGAAGCCGCUCCCGCUGACCGUGUUCACGACAUUCGAGUGGUCGGAGCGAAACGAAUCGGACGGGACGCUUGACAAGUUCAGUGUAGAGGUGCCAGUCGAGGAGGCACUCCUGCAUAGCGACAUGCGCGAGGUGUGCCACCUCGCCUGGGGAGUGAUGAGUGAGGAGGAGGGCGUGAUGUCGGACAAGGUGGCUAGGGUGUGGUUUGCGGCGAUCAACGGCACUGACACGGUGCGCAUCCGCUGCAGAGGCCUCUACAUGCUCUCCCUGAAACCAGGGCCGUUUGCGAUUGCAGAGAAGGGGGAUGGGAUGGACAUGACUGUACAGGAGGUAGUACAGCAGCUGCGUCGGUGCAUCGAGCAGGAUAUGCCGGAGAGCGUGGAGGAGUGCAGGGAGCAGAUGAGCGGGAAGGUGCUCCUGUCUCUGGUGCUGACUCUAAACAACACGAACGGCGACGACCGCGGAAACGAAAUUACAGGCGGAAUGGAGGUGGCGGCGCACCAGUGCGGUGUGUGUGGCCUGACCAACGUCGGCAACACAUGCUACAUGAAUAGUGCCCUUCAGUGCUUGUCGAAUCUCACAUCUUUUCGUACGAAACUCUUGACGCUUCCCAUUUCGCACUUUUCGCAGGCUGUGAUAGCACCGCCGCUCAUCAGGCUGCUGACGGCGAUGUGGUCUGGGCAGCACUCCUUCGCUGAGACCCGUGAGCUGAAGGAGCAGAUUGGAAUGCGGGUGAAACGGUUUUCCGGCUAUCAGCAGCAGGAUGCGAAUGAGUUUAUUGAAGUGCUCCUGGAUCACCUGAGUGAAGAGAUCAAUCUCCUCUCAGAGCGAUGCUACCGCCAGCGCGAGGACAGCGACAAGAUGAUCGCGACACAGGAGCUCUCCACUAUUUUCUGGGAAAACUUCUUGGAAAACAAUAAGUCGUUCAUUCCGCCGCUCUUUUUCCACCAGUCGAAGACUGUCUUCACGUGCCUCACGUGCGGGGAGUGCAGCACCGUCUUCGACAACAACGUCACGCUCUCCGUCAGUAUUAAAGAUCCGCCUCAGCGGCGCGCCAUGUGCGUGGAUGUCAUGGUGGAAUUAAGCAAGGCUGACAGCGCGACGGCGUCAGCCUCGGGCAGCGGCUUCAUGGCACCGUUGUUUCGACCUGUGAAAGGGGACACAAACCGGGUGCACUCACUGGCGACACUGAAAGUUCACGUGUUGGUGUAUCCGGACAACACGGUGCGCGAGCAGGAGGUGGAGGAGGCGCUUCGGCAGCAGCUGCUGAGCAAUGUCAGUUCUAGCAGGGAGGUGCUGCUGUUUUUUCAGGAUGUCUCUGCAGAGGAGAUGACCGCGGAGGAGGAGGCGGAGAGGGCAAGGAGUGUAGCAGCGCGCGUGCAGGUGGACGUGCGCGUAAUGGACAUUCCCGACCAUGGUCGUGUGUUUGCUUGGGCGUGUUGCCACCUGAAGAGUGCAGGACUGAACAUGGAAUCUACGCCGCCGCCAGCUACGGUGGACGUGGCAGAGGUGCCUGCGGCACGCGUGUGGUACUUCUUCAGAGACGCAUCGCUUCCCUCCACGACUUUCAUGAUGGGCACCCUGGUUUGGAUUGACGAGUUUCCGGCGUCGUACGGUGCGGAGCAUCAGCAGCCAGCGGCAGCAGAGGGUGCAGGUGCCGCCGACGCGGAGGAGCUUGUUUUUAUCAGGGAACCUCGUGAAAGAAUGCUCGCCUACACGGAGCACAUCCGCCCGCGCUCUGUAGAGGUGGCGACGGCACUGCUGCAACGCGUUCCAGAGACCGAGACGAACGAGGAGGCGCUGCUCACCGCCACAGAGGCUCUAAGCGGAGGGGUGGGAUACGUCGCGUCUUCAUCCUACACGCACAAAGCCAAAGAAAAGCUGACGGCUGAAAACAGCGCCGAGGCAGCACUCGUAUCCAUUGGCCAGGACAUUUGGGUAGAGCAGUGUGUUCUUCGCAAAGCCGCAACUGCCACCGUCGCAGGUCCCAUGUCUAAGGGUGGCGAUACCACCGCCGACACGACAGGGUGCGAAGGCUGUGAGGAGGCGUCUGCUUCCACGACGGUGACGACCACCAUUGUUGUCUGCAUUCAGUACGACUCUUCCAAGUAUCAUCUUAUCUCCGACGGAGGGAGGUCGGAUGCUUUUGGACUCCGAGGCGUAGAUAACAACCUCGCACCGGAGGUGAGAUGCUCGUUGCAGGAGUGCUUGUCGCACUCCAUGCAGCCGGACCUGCUGCGGGGUGAAGAUGCGUGGUUCUGCAGUCAGUGCAGGGAGUUCCGGGAGACCAAGGUGCACCGCACCCUCUUCCGUUUGCCCCCGUGCCUUAUUGUAUCCUUUAAGCGCUUCAAGAUGCUCACAUACAGUGCCGACAAGAAGAACACUACAGUGCAGUUCCCGAGCGAGCUCGAUUUUGCUCCGUACCUGGACCCAGAGGCUGUUGGGCUUCAAGCAGAGGGCACGAGGUACCGUCUGCGCGGUGUGGUGUACCACACCGGGUCGCUCAGUUUUGGGCAUUACACCGCGACUGCCUUCAACGAUUCCGUGCAGAAAUGGGUAUACUACAACGAUACGCACGCGACGAUCGACAGCUGCGACGCCCCAGCGCCGAAUGGUGCGUAUAUUUUGUGUUUUGAGCGCGUUGAGUCCACGGCAAGUCCAGCGUAA